AUGUCUUUUCCUCUCGUUGCUCGUAGAGCUCCCCGCUUUAUCACUUCGUCUAUCCGGGCAGCUCCUCGUCAACAUGCCAUUGCCAUAAUAGCAGCAAAGUUCACACGUUCAAGCAGACACCAAUCCACUAUGUCUACCGAUCAGCAGAUUGUCUUCACCAAGAACGCCCCCGCGGCGCUUGGCCCCUACUCUCAAGCCAUCAAGACCCCCCACAUGAUCUACUGCUCUGGCCAGAUCCCUCUCACCCCUGAGGGCGAGCUUGUUCAGGGUAUCACUGAGCAGACCCGUCAGGCUUGCAAGAACGUCCAGGCUGUCGUCGAGGAGGCCGGUUCAUCCCUCUCCAAGGUCGUCAAGACCACUGUCUUCAUUUCUGACAUGUCCUACUUUGCUGAGAUCAACACAGAGUACGAGAAGUGGUUCUCCCACAAGCCAGCCCGUAGCUGUGUCGCUGUCAAGACUCUUCCCAAGAACGUCGAUGUCGAGGUUGAGGUUAUUGCUCUUCCUUAA